AUGUCCGUCGAAACCUCUACCCCUACCUACCUCAACAAGCACCGAACUUUUAUGGCUGAAGACUUUGACAGUGUAUCUGAGCGGCGUGCUUAUGCAUCUGAGACAGCGUUCCUCAAGGCACGUCGCAUAAUGGCUAACCUAGCCGACUCCACUGACGCGCUAUCGACGUCCGAAGCGCAUAUGCUGCUCACGGAGCUCUGCGAGCUCUGCCUAGACUCCGAUAUGGCACUAGCAAUGCUGGAGAACGGGUUUUUGGACGAGUGUGUAUUACUUUUCCGAGGUAACCCCACCUAUACCGUACAGCUGGUCGUAACUACGUUUAUUUGCAUCUGCCUCCACUGCCGCGUCGGAAGGGCAUACUACAGUCGGAACCUCACGCACACCACUAAGUUCCUGGUCGAAAUGCUGAAAAACACCCGUGCUAUACCGGAUAAGCUCAAUCGCUACUACGAAAGCUCAAACAUUGCCAAAGCGAAUGUACUUCCGUUGGCGUUCACUGCUUUUGCUUGGCCACACCUAAUUAUCCCAGAGUCUCCAGUUACUCCAGAUGUACCAAAAGAGUAUGAGACCAUGGGUCGUCAAAUUUUUGAGUCUUCAAAGUCUUACAUUGAAGACAAUCAAGUUCUCCCUCCGCUGCCUCCUUUCGCGGAAUGUGAAUAUGUGAACGGCACUAUAAAAACUUGUGGCGCAAUAACCGAAGACUUUACCAUCUCGAACCUAGCAGUUCAUUGCCUGUUUAUGCUAUUGGAUGCUGGCGAACUUACCCGCUUUGUUUUUAAGCGUCAAGCGCCUUACCUGCAUAAAAUGCAUGCUGUACAAUCAGUGUUCGAGCGAAAUUCUAUGAACCACAAACUUUAUUUGAUCGAGUUGCUCAACUUGAAUCGAUUAGUUCAGGAUAAUGAUGCUCUGUCCAGUUUUGAAAAUACGCUUUGGAGAGCGUUUCAGCAGUACGCACUUGACCCAGCAAAAUGGGCUCUUCAAGGUAAAUAUGCCCUACAGGCUCUGAUUAUUCUGGAGAGCAACUGCAAGUCAAGCGUUCUGAAAAGCAAGCGCCAUAAAGUCCUUCUUCAAAAGUAUCUCUUGGAGCUCGACACCUCGGGCGUGGACGUUCAAGACCCCUGUGUUGCCAUGGCUUGGGGGUUGGCCCUGCUUUUAGGCGAGAACUUUGUCUCGAAAUCAUUUUUGGGUUUGCUGAUUUCCAAGAUGAUCAAAGGUUUCCAAAACAGUCGACCUUAUAACCCCCAUCAUGCCUAUAUUUGCUGGGUUGUGGGGGCAUUUUUCCUCCAGGGUUAUCUGGAGAUCCCCGCAGUGGUUUUACGUCGAAUGAUUGACUGUAUUGAACAGUUUGGUGCAGUUGGAACCAAGUUGGAAAUGAUGGCUAAAGAGCUUGAGAAGAAGUUGCCUGAGCAGAGAUACUGUAAAUCUGGUCAGAAACGAGCCUCGGAAGGUUUCAACCCCCCUGCCAAACAUAUAAAACGGGCGCCGAAGUUUGCGCACGUAGUAGGCCCCAGUUCAACCUUCUUUUGGGGGCUUGCAUCCCAGCUUUAUCUGUCGAGAAUUCACACCGUUUGUGAAGACACAGUUUCGCCAUGGAACAUUGUGCCAGAGUACAUCGUCACAGAACAGCAACUGUACCCGGAUACUCCUUCUAGCCCCAAGGUGAAACCUACCGAAGCCAUAAUGCCGCCGAAUCCAGUGGAAGAGCUCAGCCCACCGUCCUUGCCACCUAUCCCUGAAACCACAUUGAUUGCCCCCAAAACGCCGCAGUUCUCUUCCGAAGCUACAGUUGAUUGGACACCCCAAUCGGUUAGAGGGUUUGGCGAAUCCAGACACCCCACGUCGAUUCCGCCCCCAUUGCGGUUGAAUAGUGGUAUAACUGAGCCAAAGAUUGAAGAAGAGGUGUCAGAUUUGUCGCACGCGAUGCCGACAUUCACCGCUAUGUUUGGGCUUCAGGAAAGCGCUUCGUCACUCGGUUGCCAAUCUACGGCCAAUGUUUCGGGAAAACUUCUUCCUCCUGCCGAGAUUUCGCAAUGCUUCUUGCAAGACUCUGCAGUUCUAUUUUCUGUAUCGCCAGCCAAGUUUCAGACAUUUAACCCUUCCUUGGAAAGCGACUCUCGGGUGGAGCCUACCUCAGCGUUUUUGAGGGUUCCAUUUACACCAGUAUCUGCUUCGUUGGGGCCUGCGAUGCACUGA